GGCGCCCCUAGUGGGCAAAGAAAUCAAGUAACCUUGCUGCACGUGCUGCAGACUCGUUUUUUUUUGUUUGUUUUUUUGGUUUUAUUAAUACUAGCACGUCAUGUGAUAUGAAAGCAGACGCUCGUGCGCCUAGUCCUUGCCGCGCUUUUUCAACACCACUAGGACCAGGACUAAAGCCAGGACCAGCACAAUUUAGAAGCAUCUACCUAGAUGUCCUCCACUUCCGCAUUCUCCAGGCCGCCGUGCCAGCCGCUUCCAUGAUCUCAGCAGGAAACCAGGAACCGGUCGAUCCGGUUGAUCAGGAGCUCGCUGGCGGGCCGGAACAAUGCUCUCCGGCCUUAGAGGAGAGGAGCGCGGCGGGGCGGCUCGUCCUGUGCUGCCGGCGGACGGAGGACGGAGUUGAUCCGGCAUGGAGGGCUGCUGCCGCUCUUGCAUGCCGUGCCUGAGGCGCCUCUGGGAUUGCAUCUGGCCCGACGUCCACUACCCGAACCUCCCCGACCAUGUGAUCGCCAACCGGGCAGCGCAGGGAGCUGAGAUCCGGACUGUGUCGGGCGACAUCCGCGUCCCGUCGCCCAAAAAGAGGCCGGUCCAGUUGUACGCCGCGCUCUUCGACUUCGAGGCCCGCAGCGACGACGAACUGACGGUUCGGGAGGGUGACAAGCUGUCGGUUCUGGAGCAGCGGGGUGACUACGUGCUUGCCAAGAAGCUGACUGGGUCUCUCCAGUCCGGACUCAUUCCUGCCAGCUAUGUGGCGGUCCUGCAGGACGAGUUCGCCAAACACAAGUGGUACUAUGGCAACAUCAACCGCGUCAAAGCGGAGAAGCUGCUGCUGGCCUCCCAAAACAAAGAUGGCUCCUUCCUGGUGCGCAUCAGCGAGAGUCACAGCGACGAGUACACCAUCUCAGCCCGGAGCGAGGGCAAGGUGUUCCACUUCCGCAUCCAGCGCUCAACCAUCGGCGCCUACUUUGUGUCGGACAAGAUCUCCUUCGGCACGCUUGGUGAGCUGGUGUCGUACUACCAGAAGAACCCUCGCAGUCUGGGCGUGAUGCUGGAGGAGGCCUGUGCUCAGCAGAGGGAGCUGUACGACAUGGAGCCUUGGGAGAGGCCGCGGGAGGAGUUCAAGCUGCACAAGAAGCUGGGGGAGGGGCACUUUGGAGAAGUGUGGGAGGCUGUGUGGACCACCACGAACAAGAAAGUGGCCAUCAAGAUGCUGAAACAAGAGGACACCAAGCAGGAUGAGUUUGUGAAGGAGGUCCAGGCACUGAAGAGCCUCCACCACCCUAAACUCAUCCAGCUGCUGGCCAUGUGCUCGCGAGGUGAACCCGUCUACAUCGUCACCGAGCUGAUGACCAAAGGAAGCCUCAAGUCCUACCUGGCCUCCGCUGAAGGCCAGGUGCUGACCUCGGCACAUCUCAUCUACAUGGGCAGCCAGGUGGCGGAGGGCAUGGCCUACCUCGAGGAUAGGAACAUCGUCCACAGAGACUUGGCGGCCCGCAACAUUCUGGUGGGAGACGACCUGGUCUGCAAGGUGGCCGACUUUGGACUGGCUCGCAUUAUUAAGGACAGCGUGUACACGGCCAGUCGCACCACCAAGAUACCCGUGCGGUGGACGGCGCCCGAGGCCGCCAUUCACCAGAAGUUCUCCGUCAAAUCGGACGUGUGGUCGUUCGGCGUGCUGCUCUACGAGAUGAUGUCGCGUGGGAAAAUGCCCUACGAAGGCAAAAACAACAAGCAAGUGUUAGAUCUGCUGUCUUCCGGCUCUCGCCUGGCGUGUCCCACCAGAUGUCCUCACAACAUCUACCGCAUCAUGAAGGACUGCUGGGAGGCCGACCCGUCCAAGAGGCCAUCCUUCCACGCGCUGCACAGCCAGCUGGACUCCAUCUACGCUCGCAUUUACUUCAAGACCAUUGAGGUGUGAUGAUGUGGACGAUGUGGACGAUGAGGACAUGAUGGCCGCCUGGCCUGUGGCCACCGCACAAGGAAGUGAUGUCAGAACGUAGCGGCCUGUUGAGAUACGCUCUGCAAAGCAGGAAGAAGGACACUGAGUCCUUUUUGACUUUGGAAGUUACCACCAAGGAGGCGGGACAACACCUGAGCAAGGUGUGUCAGCAACUUCCAACCUGACGACUUUCUCUUAAUGCCGUGAUGACUCCAUGUCACUUAUGGCCACGCUCCACAAGGUGGUGCUUUGUGCAAUAAUGAGCCACAUUAGCUUAGCUUGCCCAUCCCAGUAAUGAAGUAUCAGAGUAGUAGCAUUUUUGACACGAACUUAAUCACUUUAAGUGUUUGGACUCUCUAACCGAGGCAUGCGCUGGUGUCUACCAGAACCGGGCCUGCUAGUGUGGCUAAAUACUGCUAGCCGAGCACCAAGUAUUACCGUUUUCACAAAGUCUUCCAGCAUCCUCCGGCAGAGGGCGCCUUGUUUACACCCCGCACACGGUACUGCAUAACAUGGUAGCAUCACAACAACAGUCUUUUUUUAAUAGGGUUGGGAGGGCAGAGGGUGCAGCCCGCAAUUUGAGAUAAACGAGGAGGAAAUGAGCCAUAAACCUGACAAUAAAAAAGUUAUUUUCCACGCAUUUUAA